AAGAAAUUUCAGUCGUUGUACUGUUGAUAUUUGGCUCUGUUAACUAAUGAGUUUGCCGACCACUGGCCUAAAGACACCACGAACACACACACAAUGGCAACCAGCCAGCAGCCAGUCCAGUCCCUCCGGCUGUGCAGGGACAAGCCUGAGAGUAAGACCUUACAUUUCUGCCCUCCCCAUGGCGCCCAGUGGCUGUCGGCUAAAAUUCUAGUCUGCCUGCCUUCUCUGCGGGCAGAGCCGACCUCAGCGGAUGCCACGGGGCAUGCUGCUGUCAGAGGCUCCAGUGCUGCCCAGGUGGCAAAAGCCUGGCUCACUGCUUCCGGUGCAGGGGCCCCAGCAUGAAAGACCCCCAAAGGCCUAGGAGCAGAAGCCUGGUGGGAGUGCCUCCUGCCACGAGGUGGCGCUGUCUCUCAGCAAAUGCCCCUUGCUCCCUCCUGGGUGUCUGCAGCCUCUUGCUGUUCCAGCUCCCCUCCAUAGGGCUCCCGAGGCCACCCCACCAAUGGAUCUGUGCUUGGCAUUAGUCCUGGGGUCCUGCCCACAAUCUUUAGAACCACAAACACUUCCCCUCUGCAGCCGGAGGGGACCGGUACCCGGGGCACUGCUUGCCCUCCCUCGACCUAGGGAGGAGAGUGAGCUGGGCAUUCGUUGCCCACUGUAAUCUGGCCCAUCCUGCUGCACCCAGGCCUCCCAGCCUCCCCCAUUCCCGCUCUCCCCCUGGUAAACUUGUGUCCAGUAUCUGCUGGAGACCCUGGAGCGUGGGCCUGCCCCUGAGAGCUCACUAAAGGGGUCCAGCAGAGGGUCCCGUGGCCCCCAGUACUGGACUGAACAGUGGACAUGCCUGGCCUCUGGGGCUCUGAGACUGAGAGUUGAGAGGUGGCUGAGGCCAGCCUGGGUGUCCCAUGGACGAUUCCGGGGCCUAUAUGGUCACACCCACACGCCUAUGACUACUCAGCAGGAUCUGGCCAGGUGAGGUCACCAUGAUCCUUCCAGAAACCCUGCUUUUCCUCCUUGUCUUCCAUGAUACACACCUCUCUCCCCUCCCCCAGUUUUCUACCUCUCUGCUCACCCCCCUGUGAAUGCCCUCUUUCCCUGUCACGCUGGUCUCCUCCAUAGUCUGUCCUCUCGACUCUCAGUCUCAUACGUUCUCUUUGGGAGCUCACAUGCUACGGUGACUUCCACAGACAUGCUCCCUCAGCGCAGACCCCUCUGCUGACCCGACUGUAUGUGCAGCUCCCGACUGACCACCUCACCACGGUGUCCCCCACUCAGCAGACCCAGGUUCAGAACCUUCCCCACCUGUGUUCUCUGCCGUGUCCUCCUCUCUUCCCCAAGUAUCUCGAAGCUUUAAUGCUGCUCAGAUCUGCUUCAUCUUCUCCAGCUUGGUUUGAACCCCAUCUGGUCUGAGCCUGUAUUAAUUCUCAUCUUGAUUACUGCAAAAGCUCCUAACUGGCACCCUGACGUCUCACUUGCCCCCUACAGUGCACUUUCUACUCCCUGGCCAGAGGGAUUGUUGAAGGCCAUAUCAGCAGGCCUCCCCCACUUAAAACCUUUCAGUGGCUCUCUCCUGCCUGAGGUUGGAGUCCAGCCCCCUUAGCAUGACGAGCAAGACCCCCUGCCAACCUGCAACACCGUGACCUCAUGCACCUUAGGCAGCCACAGGGAAUGGCUCUCGGCUCCUGUCUCAGGCCACGCGUGUUCACACCUUUCUGCCUCUGCAUCUGCCUCUCGGCUACUAGGAGCCCAGGAGCCAGGCCCUGACCACCCUCUCCCUCCUGCCUCGCGCAGGCCAGGCCCUGACACCCACUCCCUCCUGCCUCGCGCAGGCCAGGCCCUCCUGUGAUUUCCAUCACAUGUGUACUCUGUACUCGACUGCGCUGCUCGCACACUGUUUCCUGGUCUGCUUCUGACCAACUCUGAGUUCCUUGAACCUGGGACUGUGGUUUCCCUUCCUGUAUGUGUGGGGCUGGAGCCUGCCGUCCCUGAGAAAGGCAGAGACAUGGAGCCAGUUUUCUGAGCGCUGCAGGGACCUGACAGCCUGGCUUUGAACCAGAGGAGAUCAGUACUUCCUGGGAAGGUCGCCUUGCGGAGAAGGCCCAGCUGCAGCUUCCAGCGCAGGCGGGACAGAGUGCUGAGUUCAUGCCUUUAGUGUUGCCAGCGCUGCUCUCUCUGUAGCACAACUGACCACUUUUCUGGCUAUAAAAUAACGCACAGUCAGAGGGAGAGACAGAAACAGCUUAAAAGAUUGAAUCCUAUUACAUAGCUCUCAUCACUAUUACAUUUUGUUAAAUUUCCCGUCAGCCUUUUAAAAAUAUGCAUCUAUUUCCACCACAAAGUUGGGACCUUAUACUAUAAACAUUUUACUACCCGUUUUAACAUCCAGUUUUUUACUUAUGAUCGUUUUACAAUGUUUUAAACAAUCUUCAAGAAAACAUUUUAGCAAUUGCAUAACAUGCAGCCAUACGGCUGUGCCCUGUUUUUUGACGGAUCCUUUAUUGUGGGACAUUGGUUUCUCAUUUUUGCUGUUAAUCACAACAGCAAAGAGACAGAGAGAAAUAUCGAUGUGAGAAGAAAACGUCGACUGGUUGCCUCCUGCACAAGCCCCGACCAGGGUGUCAGGGAGGAGCCUGCAACCAAGCCUGCCGGAGAAGCUCGGAGAUCCUUGCCCCUUUUAUUUGAGGAACUCUUGGACAACACAAAACGAUUUGAUCAUUCAGGACAAAACUGCUCAGAGGAGCUCUGGACGAGGGCUAGCGCCCAGCAGUCCCUACAGGUGGUGCUGGGGAGGUGCACCAACCAGAGCGGGUGUUUUCCAGUUGCUGGCCUCCGAUGCCUGUCUAGGGUAUGCCGUGGCCUGGCGCGGGAGGCUCCUACCUCUCCAAGCCCCAUUGCUUCUGCUGCUCGCUCGCUUCGGACUCUGGCACGAACCCCACCCGCUGACACGGUCCUUCCGGGGAAUUGGAGCGGGAUGGCUGUGCAGGGCGCGCCGCGCUUCCUCCUGACCUUCGAUUUUGACGAGACCAUCGUGGACGAAAACAGCGACGACUCGAUCGUGCGCGCCGCGCCGGGCCAGCAGCUGCCGGAGAGCCUGCGCGCCACCUACCGCGAGGGCUUCUCCAAUGAGUACAUGCUGCGGGUCUUCCAGUACCUGGGCGAGCAGGGCGUGCGGCCGCGGGACCUGCGCGCCGUCUACGAGGCCAUCCCCCUGUCCCCGGGCAUGGGCGACCUGCUGCAGUUUGUGGCCAAGCAGGGAGCCUGCUUCGAAGUGAUCCUCAUCUCGGAUGCCAACACCUUCGGCGUGGAGAGCGCGCUGCGCGCCGCCGGCCACCUGGGCCUGUUCCGCCGCAUCCUCAGCAACCCCUCGGGGCCCGACGCGCGGGGGCUGCUGGCGCUGCGGCCCUUCCACGCGCACAGCUGCGCGCGGUGCCCCAGCAACAUGUGCAAGCACAAGGUGCUCAGCGACUACCUGCGCGAGCGGGCCCAGGACGGCGUGCACUUCGAGCGCCUCUUCUACGUGGGCGACGGCGCCAAUGACUUCUGCCCCAUGGGGUUGCUGGCCGGCGGCGACGUGGCCUUCCCGCGCCGCGGCUACCCCAUGCACCGCCUGAUCCAGGAGGCGCAGAAGGCCGAGCCCAGCUCCUUCCGCGCCACGGUGGUGCCCUGGGAGACCGCCCAUGACGUGCGCCUCCAUCUGCAGCAGGUGCUGAAGACGUGCUGAGACAGCGGCCUGCAGGGGGCGCCCUGACCAGGAGUGAGGAAGGGAGAUCGGGAAAGACCAUCUAGUUUUUUAACUUCCUUUCCCUUUCGCUUUGGUAUGCCCCUCUUUGGUGUGGAAUUUCUAGGAUUCCAGGCCCGUCCAUUCGGGGGCUGAAGGAGGGAGUUCAGAGCCAAUCCGAACUAUCCAUGCAGUUAAACCAGCGCGGCCGCCCCCCUCAGAGCCACAGCAAACAGUUACAUUCUGGACGGUGGCCCAACCCGGGUGACGCGCGUUCCUGGGAAGGCAGCAGCGUUUCCUAAAAGCUCAUCCUCUGAACUGGGAGGAAGCGGUUCCCUUGUGCACGAGAGAACUUUAACGGCUGCCUGGCCCGUAACUUCCCCUCUCCCAGUCUUAGGUCAAGGAGGAAUCCUCCCGCGUCGACUCCCCGCUGAGAGAGGAAGCUUUCUGGCAACCGACCCAGGCCUAGAUUUCGCUUCACCUGCCGCGAUGCCACACUACAUCCCUUUUCUGGCCUCCCUUCCCCGCCCAUCCGGCCAGCAACUCCAAAGGAAGAAAAGCCAGAUGGAACAGUCGCCUCCUGGUGGUGGAACGAGGUAGCAUAGCACACUGUCUGGCUUGGGUCGGACCAGCCAGGAACCUCACAGCAGUGCCUUCUCAUACCCCAGCCUCCUCUAUGCAACAAGACCAGGGACAACCAAAGUCACCCCUGUGGGCUGGGCCCUCUGCGGCCCCCUCCUCUCCUAUGGAACAGAAAGCCAUGAUGUUUUAAAGCAGAGCAAGCGAAACCCAAGCCCCUCCUCUUUGGUGUUUUAGAGCUAUUAAAGCAGGUGAAGGGGGA